AUGGUAUUCGGAUCAAUGCGCCACGCUGUCCAGCACCUUCGUCAGUCGGCUAAAUUUGUCGCCACUCGUCGUUCCACUGCAUCUACUUCUGCUUCAUGCGUCAACACUUCGCAACUUUCGUCGGCAUUUGUACAGACUCGUGCCAGUGCCACGCCAGUCGCAAUCCAGCCCCAGCACGUGAAGGCCGACCCGACUGGUGUAGUGGCUGGAAUUGCCAUUGUAGGCGCCCUGAUUGGUGUAGGAAAGAUGUGGUGGGACAGUUCACAUUUGUUGUCAGAAGAGACGGAGGUCGUAGCAUUCCAGGAAAUUCCGCAGGCUGAGAUUGCGCUCUUCUUCACGGAUCUGACGGCGGCCGUCAAUGACCUGUUUUCACAAUUGCCAGAGAUUGAGAAUGCAGUACGGAAGUACCUGAAGGAGAACAACCACGAGCUGAGUGACGCUGAGUUCCAGCAAUCUAUUCUGUCGCAACUGUAUCAGAUGAUGGAGGAACUUGAGAAGCAGAUUGUUGGCAAGCGUCGAUGGAGUCGUCAAAGUCUAGAGUUUGCUCUUGAGAAGUACGCACAGGACGAGGAAAUUCUGAAGUUACAGGAGGCUUUGAACAACCUUAUGCAGACUGUGUUUCCAGCUCCAAUACCUGUUGAAAUCCCUGAGGAUCUUACCGCGGACAAGACGUUGGCGAUUCUGAAGGAGAUGGUGGCUGGCAUGGAGAAGGCCAUGUCGGACAUGCUUGCCCAUGCCCGAACAGAAGGUAUCAAUGAUGUCCGUGAGGCUAUGGAGGAGUUUCAGAAUCUGUACAUGGAGCACGUUGAGCAGGCGACGCAGAAACAGAUGAAUGCGCACGGCAUCUCUCAGGAGGUUUUCGCGGCAGCUUUGCAGAAGUACAACACUGAAGACGAGCAGUUUCGGCAGCAAGUGGAGCAGAUUUACACCCAGCAGGCUAAGGCCUUCCAGAAAAUGGGACUACCCGUGGAGACCCAGUAG